ACUGUCAUAGUGUGGCUCAAAAUCUCUACAUAUAUAGGGAGAAUAGAUCGAAAUUCUACCUUUGAAUUUUAUUUUAUUAUGACGGAAUUACUUCCUUUACAAAACGAAGACAUUUCUAACUUACAGUCAAACGGUAAAAAAACAACGGAACCAUCUUUUACUGAAUCACCGCAGUAUAAUGAUCAGAAAUCUACAACUUCAGGUGACAGUAAAACGACUGGAAUUAUAUUGGAUAAAGAUGGAAAACCGUGUAGAGCUUGUACUGCAUUCAAGGAUUGGACAAAGCGAGGAAAAAAGAAGCAACAAACAUCACAUAAUACAGACAACAUAAAUAAUAAUAUGGAAGUAACUGAAUUUAAAAGCAAUUCUUCGCAAGAAUUACCUGAGGGUUGUCCACCAGAUUCAGAACAAUUAGGAAAAGCCACAUGGACAUUCUUACAUACAAUGGCUGCUUAUUAUCCUGAAGUACCUUCUUAUAAACAACAAAGAAAUAUGCGUAAAUUUUUAGAUACUUUUUCUCAAUUUUACCCUUGUUGGUAUUGUGCUGAACAUCUACGUGAUGAAAUGACUAAAAUGCCACCUAAGGUUGAAAGUAAAAGGUCGUUGGGUAAAUGGUUAUGUGAUAUGCAUAAUAUUGUUAAUGAACGUUUGGGUAAACCAAUUUUUGAUUGUAAUAAAAUUGAUGAGAGAUGGAAAGAUGGUCCUAAAGAUGGUCGAUGCGAUUAUUAAACGAUAUAGUUAAAACAAAAAAAAUUUAUAUAAUUUAUUUUAAAUAUAAAUGUACAUUAUUCUUCUAUCUAUACUUUCUUUCCAUGGGUUUCUUUACAUUUUUAGAAGUAACAAAUAAAUUGACAAGAAAUUACAAAUUUU